AUGAGGCAUAGGGCCAAGCGUAUAAUGAAUAGAUCGGCGGCAUUAGAGAACGAAUACUUUCACUAUUUUUCGAGGUUCAUUUACAGCUAUGUGGAUCUCAGCGAUAACACCGCUUUGCUCAUGUUGAAGUUUUAUCCGGACGGUGUACACAAUCCAUACCGGACACCCUAUAAUUAUACGGCACAAAUAUACUCGAACUUCCUCAAUAGUACGCGCACAGGAUCUGCUCAGCGAGACUAUGGUAUCAAUUUUGAAACCUUUCUCUCGGGUGUGCUUAUAUCUGUGAUAUACUGCUUGUGCCAGACACUCCUGUUCUCGUAUCUCCGCACCCGGCUCCCGCGAAUCUACCAGCCCAACGUGUUUCUAACGGAGCAUCCAGUGGCACCAGUGGUAUUAUUUCGGAAUUUCAAGACCAAACUCUUCAGUUGGGUCCAUCCGACUUGGAACACGCCGUUAGAAUCGUAUAAAAAAUAUGGGCUCGAUUCCUUUUUCUUUCUCAGGUAUUUGAAGGUCCUUUGCCUGUACUUCCUUAUUCUCUCGGUCAUGACAAUUCCUGUCUUGAUUCCAAUUCACUAUACUUCAGGGUACCAGGUUCUGGACGUGCCCGGCAAUUCCCGCGAAUUUGGUAUUCGGCAUCGCCAUACAACCGAGGGUGACAGACUUCUUACUCAAUUCUCGUUGAAGUCAACGGGGUUAGAUGAAAUAUCCAUGUCAAAUAUUUCGCCUCGGCAUUCAUCACGUUUGAUCUUUCACUUCAUUCUCGGCAUAUUUGCAGUUGUUUGGUUCCAUGCAACGUUGAUCACGGAGCUUGACUACUUCGUAACACAGCGCAACAGCGCCUUUUUGGGGGAAGAUCCGGCCGCCCAAAAGCAGCAGUGUGCUAUGUUUCUCAAUAACAUACCAGACAUGUUCAUGUCCAGUGAGCGUGGCCUUUUGGACUUUUUCCACUCAAUGAUUCCGGAUUCUGUGCACCAGAUUGUGUUUAUACCAAAGGAAUACAGAGAACUUAAGGACAAGCGGAAAUUGGAAGGUAAGUUAUUCAAUGAGAUAGAGCAAGUAUGCUACGAUAUUAUUAGAAAGAGAUUCUACAUGUCUCCCAAAUCUGAGUCCGUUUAUCUGCCCUAUAAGGAAGAAAGCUCCACGGGAAGCACCAUACUGGCCCCCACUGCAUGGGCAUCCGUUGAAAACACUUUGCCAGAGGGCGUGCUUCCGCAUUCAACCUUUCUCAAUAGUUAUGAUGAAAUCUUUAAACCUAAAAACACUACACAAAGUGGGUUCCGUUUUAAACUUGCAAGAUGGAAAUAUACUCUGAGAACUAUAUUGACAUUUGAUUUCAUCUUUGGGUUACGAAUGAAAAUAUGCACUUUAAAAUACAACAAACUAAAGAUAUUAAUUCCAUGCAUAGUAUAUGAUGUUAACCGUCAUAUUGAGAAGAAGUUAGAAAGAUUAGAGACAACGAUAACGCAAUAUAACCGUCUUAAGCAAAGAGGUUAUAAGGAAAUCACCGUAUAUCACUCAGAACAAGAACGGCCACCAACUAGAAAUAGUAGUCCACCACUAAAGUCUAAGCAAGCUGUAGUGGUCUUUAAAAAUGUUAUUUUGGCCCACUUUUUUGAUCAAUUGCUUCUUUCGGCAAGUACAAGUUCCAUGAAGGAGAAGAUAUUAGGCAUCAAACCAGAGGACAUACAUUGGAAAAAUAUAACCCUAACUAAUAGGUUGGUCUUGAUGUCGCGGGUUGCACUUUCAAAUUUUCUCAGCGUGAUGGUAAUUGUUGGAUGGGUGAUACCCGUUGCCUUUGUUGGUUUGAUAUCUCAGAUACCUUUCUUGGCGAAACUUGUUCCACUCCCCAGUUGGAGCGCUAAUUCGACUUCUAUUCUCGACAAAUCACUUUCAAGUAUCGUUCCAGUGAUGACUUUGAUAUUUUUGACUGAAGGUGUCCCAUUUUUGUUCAGAUGGUUCGGGUGGUUAAAAUGCUGCAGGUCAGGAUCUUCGACGGAGUUGGAUGUUCAGAAGUGGUUCUUUGCCUUUUUAUUUGUACACAUUUUUCUAGUGGUGACAAUUUCGUCAGGGAUUUCAGUGAUCGUGGAGAAGUUGGUGAAUAAUCCAGUUAGUAUUCCAGAUCUACUUGGCACCAAUUUGCCCAAAAGUUCUAAUUUUUUUUGCUCUUUCAUGCUCAUCAGAGGAUUGUCAUAUUUUGGAGGGAAUUUUAUGCAGGUAAAGAGUUUGCUUUUUGAAUUAUUCUACUAUCGCUGGAAAGUAUACACCCCGAGAGCUGUAUUCGAGAGAAACGUAAAUGUCCAACAAUAUCAAUGGGGAUCGGUAUACCCAAUGUUUUCCGUGCUUGCAUGUAUUGGGAUCAUCUAUUGUGUUAUCUCGCCUAUAAUACUUUUGUUCGCGAGCUUUUCAUUUGCAUUGGUCAUGUUUUCGUUUAAAUAUUCCAUCAAGUAUCAAUACAAUCCCGUUAACAACUCCGAAAGCUAUGGCAAAUAUUAUCCAACAGCUCUAAUGCAAUUGUAUGCGGGAAUAUAUUUUUUGGAAAUAUGUUUAAUUGGUUUAUUCACACUUUCGAAUUGUUACCGGCUUUCUAUUGGCAUGAUCAUAGUACUUAUAUUUACAAUAAGUGCUCACUUUCAGAUUUGGAGCAAUUACAAGUACCAUCUUGACCACAUGCCUGCCCAACUUUGCAUGGAGGCGAUACAAAACACACCUUACAACUUUCGCAUCCCUAGUCUUGAGGGCCAUGAGCGCCAGGUGUGGCUUCCUAAUGACACCGUCGGAGUGUCUUCUUCAUUGAAGAUCUUAUUAGAAGAGAAAUAUGAGCUACCUUGUCAGCAGAAUGAUUGCCAUUUGGAUGAAAAUGGAAAGCUAGUGCUUACAGGUUAUUCGUCAUAG